UUUGUAAGCUGUGUUUUUAAAUCGGACUAUACGUGUAUAAGUAUUUUGUUAUUUGACCUAUCCCUCUCCGUGUUUUAAGGAUUGCUAUAAAUGCAUCCGCAGUAGACAACAAAACAGGAUACCAGUAUCUUACGAAGGAUUGCUCAAUAUAUUAAAUUUUUUAGAGCAAAUACAUCUGAAUCAAGCCCUGGUGGUUUUCUCGUUUUCCUUUAUACACCGUAGCUAGUGACUGCCCUUGAAAGCUCCAUAAGUGAAUUCGGUAUGGAAAAGGAAGACGUGCCUCCAUCGGCACCUGCAUGGUAUCCAGGACCAGGCACCUCUGAUGUAACAGGAAGACCAACUUAUGUCGAUGUAGACACCAUGCCAGAAAUAAAUCCCCCUCCGUCUUAUGACUCGGUAUUCACUAUAGCAAGUUCAAGCCAUCGGAGGUCUAAAAAAUAUAAUCCCUAUGAAGAUGACAGAAAUAUGUGGGAAAAAGCUCAUGAUUGCUUUGAAAUGUCAGUUCUACAGCAGAUUAUAUGGCUCAUUAUGUUGGCCUUUUCUAUUUCCUAUAUUUUUUACGGUAUUAAAUACAGCGGCCAGUGUUACUGGAGAAAGCUUAAUAAAGAUGGAGACAAGGAGGAAGAAGAUCUUACAAAGUUUAUACAAGCAGAGGGUGGGGUCCUCUGUGUCACUAUUUUAUGGGUCUUUUUGUGGAGGAUUAAUGUUCUUUGUGAAAUUUGCCGCAAGAAACGUUUAACCAGACCUGAUAUGGAUAAAAAAAAAUUGCUCGGAGCCAUUUUUCUUUUCAUUGACAUGGUUUUAAAUUUCACUGUUUUCGGUUUAUGUAUUGCUGGAGCUACAAAAAUUUAUAGUUUGUAUGACAAAGACUUGACUAACUACACGUCCGUCUGUCAUCCCGAGUUCUACAACUUUUACUACAAUGCCAAAAUAGUACAGCUGGUUGUGUUAAUGUCAUACGCUGCUUACAUUUUAAUUGCUUGAAGCAUAUUAUCCGAAGAACAAAAAAUUUGGUUUUUACAUCAUAAAUGGCGCCAGUGGUUCAGAAUUCUAGAUGCAGACCAAGAUGGCAUCAUCAGCGCAGACGACAUGGAAAAAACAAACGCUAAACUCGAACAGAUCCGCUUACUUGUAAAUUUCAAAGAUUCAGCACCAUCAGAAGAAGAACAAAGGAAAUGGUGGAACGACCAUGUUUUUAAGCGUGGUCCGGGAGAAGAUAUAUCUCUUGAGGAUUACAUAAGCUACUUAGAAGGGUUUGCAGAACCCGACCUAAGGCCGGUCAAAUUUCUGCCAAUAAUAACACAGUUCUUUGAUUUCUUCUCAACAGAAGAAUAUCGGAAGAAAAAAUUGAUACUAGGAGAGAGAGACUUUGUUAAAUUCUGGACUAUUCUUGUAAACAUCGAUGAGCGCCACUGCAAAUACAUGUUCAUCAAGCAUGUACCUUCACCUUUAACUCUUGCCUCUUUGUUAGAUGAUUUUGUAGCUUUAGUGUCUCACGACGAUGUUUUAAAUAAUGACAACUAUAGACUGUUGGCUGUUCUAAAACAAAACCACAAUGGGUGCUGCAGCAACCCAGAUAACAUAACUAUGUUGGGCAAACGUUGGCUUUACGUUGUAUAGUUGGGCUAUCAUUGGCGUUGGUUAUACUUUGGCCAACGUUGGGCUUACAAGAGAUAAUAACGCUCAAGUUCGUCUUAUUACCAUCGUUUGUUUUAUUUGUUGGGCUGAUGUUGAUAAAACACCGAUAAUUUAACUGUUCUUCAGAGUGGUAGGUCCAAUUUUGGUGCAAUACCGGUGUUUCUACCUUGCGUCACACAUAAUCAGACCGACAUUCUUUUGCUACUUUACAAAUUUCUUUUUGGUGUAUUGAUGCUUUUUUUUCAUUUUGACAACACAAAAUUUAGAUGUAUUUAAUUAUCAGGUACAUGUUACGACAAUUUAAGCAUUUUAACUCGAAA